UUGCAGCGAAAUGACUGCCCAGCCAGCGACAGCCCGUAUUACUACUAAAAAACAGACAUUGGAAGACGCAUAUUCUCCUCCAGCGAAUUUUCUGGAGAUAGAUAUUCUAGACCCUCAAACACAUGGCGUGGAAAAGAAGCGAUAUACGGAUUAUGAAGUCCGUAUGAGAACAAACUUACCAGUUUUCAAGGUGAAGGAGUCUAGUGUUCGUCGACGGUACAGUGAUUUUGAAUGGUUGCGGAAUGAGUUGGAGCGAGACAGCAAGAUUGUGGUACCACCCAUGCCAGGGAAGGCAUGGAAACGUCAGCUGCCCUUCCGAGGAGAUGAUGGUAUAUUUGAGGAUGAAUUUAUAGAAGAUCGACGAAAAGGACUAGAACAAUUUGUCAACAAGGUUGCUGGACAUCCCUUGGCCCAGAAUGAGAGAUGUUUACACAUGUUUCUUCAAGAACCAGUCAUUGACAAGAAUUAUGUUCCAGGCAAAAUUAGAAAUACAUGAUGAGAAAAUAAUCUCUCAAAGACUCUUCAAUCUAUUUCAUAUAUGUACAUUUCAUGUGUAAAGAAUGCCUUGACCACUUAGGCAUGUUAUUGUAGUCUUUAAUGUCCUGGUACUGUAAGUUAAUGCUGGACCUACCAAAGUGAACCAUUGUGUGCUGUAAAAACAAGUUAUAAUUCUGUUAAAAUAUGCUGCUGUCACCAUAGUUCGGUUUGCCUUGACGACUUAAGUUCAUUGUUGAAAACUGAAAUCUCUUAAAAAUGAAAAAAUGAUACUAAUAGAACUUUAUUGGAAUGAAUUUCAGCUAUAAGUAAUACAUUUGAUGGCGUUGUUAUACAAUCUGUCACCUGUUUGUGUGAGAGAUCAAUUUUCUCAGUCACAGACUGAUCUUCUGUAACAAAAUCUCACCAGUGGUGACAAUAAGAAUAAGAUGAUACAGAGUGUCAGUCUGAAACUGAAGUACUUGUAUAGUGAUUUCUAAAGUUACAGAUAACAUAUUCUACAUUCAUACGUCUAUCAAAAUUGUAUAAAAGCAAUACAAGCAUUUGUUUCUGUUUUUUUGUAUUUUUUUGGCUAAGCUGAUUUAUAUCUGUUGUGGGUUGUACAGUAGAAAGACUGGGAUAUGGCAUUAUUUUUAUGAACAAAACGGACUUGAGGAGAGAAAAAUCCAGCACUAUGUUGUGGUGAGUGUUUCAUGUACCAGAAUUUUUAUAUGAAGUAUGGCGAGAGUCAAAUACCAAAAUGAAAAAAAAAAAAAGAUUAAAUGUUAAUGAGAUUACUUCAAUGUCACUAUCGUGUAGCCAGCAAAUUAAAGUGUAUAUAGGGAUUUACUAGCACACUGAUCAAUAUUGACUCGCAGUACUGAUCACAAUGUCUUACAAUUCAUUCCGUUAAAUAUGAAAUAAUAUAUAUGGAGCUUGUCUUUAUUGCUAUUUAUUCAUUUCCAUUUGUUGUUGUUAAGCCGGUUUUCUAUUAUAGAUAAACAAACUCAAUCUGUAUUAUAGCUUGAAAAUCUUACCCUAUCAUUAGAUCAAUUCAGCAUAACCAAACAUGUGAUAUUAGGAAGAAAUUGUACAUAUUUUCUGUAUUGUACAGACUUAACUUACAAUAAUUGAAAUUAAACCAUGCUUUGAAACAAAAUAUUAUCUUCAAUCUGACAUAUUCUGUUUUUCUAGGCAUAAAAUAGCCAAUGUUUUUCCAAGUCUGCAGAGAUGGUAUCUCUAUGUGACAUUUGGAGUCCACAUUGUUUUUUCCUUUGAGAAAAUAUAUAAUUAGUAUGUAGACAGAUAUUUUAGUGCAAUAAACCGGAUUUACAGUAACAUUUGAUUUAGGUGUUUAGUUACUAUAUAUAAAAUGUAGAUUUUUUAUUUGCGAUAUUUGUAUCAAUAAAGUAUAUCAGACAUUUUACCUAAUCAUGAGAAGGCAUAGUCAAUCGUUAUUUUUUGUAAAAAUGAUUCAGUUUCUUCAAUGCUUUAUUAGUUUGUCUCUUAAAACGUCCACCAACCUAUUUACAGAUUUGCAAUACAUUUGUAACUGCACUAAGCAUUUUAAGAAUCUGAAUAUGGAAACACUCACUUGUAAAUGAACAAGCUUUUGGUAGGAAAUAAAGACAAUUGUAUGUACAAGUAGAGUUUAUCAUCUUUGAAAAAAUGUCAAGAUGUUGAAACUUUCACAUAUGGCAAUACAUACUUUUGCACUUCGUAUGAUAGAACUGUUUUUAUUUAAAAAAAAUUUUAUGUUGGUAUCCUGUAUGUUGAAGUACAUGCAGAUGGAUUUUGUAAUCCUACAAUGAAUGGUAGGGGGAAUGAAAAUUCCAUGUUUAUGAAAUGUAACAGGUUGUAUAUAAUGUAUAAUGUAUGAGCCUGGAAAAGUUAUCAUGAUUUGUAAUAAAUUUAUGCUUUGUAUUUUAAAUCGUAAUAGUUGUGAAGAUUUUGGUAUCAAUGAUUUUAUGCUUGCUAGAGACAAGAUUGGAUGGAAAAAAAUAUGGCAUACAACAUCACUAUGUGUUUAGGCAUUUAGAUGUUUUUUACUCAAACUUUGUCUCAAAUUGUUCUGUGUAUAUUAACACAGUUAACAGCUGUCAGAUUGUGCAUUAGUCACUGUUGAUAUCCACAUCUGCCAUAUUUCUUGUGGUUAUUGUCUCAGUGAUUAACUUACUUGGGACUGAUAAUAUCUUUUCUUAUCAUGUUGCUGUCUUUGUGUAUGUUUGACAACACUGUACAAGGAUAUUGUAGUGGAGAAUUGUCUUUCUUUUUAUUGGCCAAAUCUGUCUUUUAAUACUUCGAAAGUGAUGAAAUUAUAUGACCAGAAUUUUCUUUUUAUUAUUCUGUGUAUCAGAUUAAGGAACAAUUUAACUAUGAAUAGAAAUCUUGACAGAAGAAGGUACAAAGUUCAGUUUAAGUACACAAAAAAUAAAUUUCACUUAAUUAUACAAAAAGUCGUCAAAAUUUUGAUGUUUAGGUUCUGCUUUUAAAUGCUUAGCAAUGCUCUCAUUGUUACAUGUUAUAUGGAGAAUAAGUACAUUGUGUAAGCAUAGGAUCCAAAUUUCUGAAAAGCAAUGAGCACAUCUGAUAUUGGGAACGUACCUGUCGUUUGAUAAGUGUGAAAACAUCCACCACACAAGAUAUUUAUGUAGUAUGUAAACAAUAAAAAUUGAUAUAGGUACCAAA